UUAAAUAUUUAUAACAGUGAAAUUAAAAAUAGUGAAGUAAUAUUAAAUACAAAAAAGAAAUAAAAGUAAUAGAGAGCUUAUAAGAUAUUUUGUGUCACAUUCUCCACAGUUGACAGAGUAAAGAAGAUAUAAAAUGGAUUCAGAAUUAAAUCGAACAACAGCUGGCAACUCACUGAUGUAUCAAGCCAUCGAAGAUAACAAAUUGGAAGAUAUUAAAUUAUUAUUGAAAAAUGGAAUGGAUGUAAAUGAACCGAUAAUAACAACUGGAGAAUUUGCUGGAUUCACAGCAUUGCAUGUUGCAUGCAUGAAAGAAAAAGAUCGCUUGGUGGAGUUACUAGUUAAUGAUUAUAAAGCAGACGUCAAUGUAAUGGCUGCUGACGGGUCUCGACCAAUUCAUUUGGCUUGUUUUUAUCAAUCAAUGGCAGACUUCGAAUUUUGGCUAGAAUAUAAAGGAGUAGGCAAUAAAAUAGGAACAUUGAUCGAAGCUAAGGCAAAUGUUAAUGCCGUAUUUGGACAAGAAAUUUUUUCAAAGCACGUCAAAGACGAAGAAUGGUGUCCUGAUUUUGGUGACAAAAUGCCACUAAUUGCAUAUACUAUUAUUUAUAAUAAACUAAGAAUAAUUGAAUAUCUCGACAACGUUAACGUAGACAUUAUAAGCCUUACAAAUAAAACAUUGCUAAUGUACGCUGCUGAAAACGAAGAUUAUCAAUAUAUCCCAGUCAUUAUGUCAAAUGUUAAAGAUCCUGAAUUGAUGGAAAAGUUGAUAAACCAUCGCGAUAAUGAUGAUAUACCGCUAAGUCAUUAUCCGUUGCACCCUGAAAAAUUUGGAAAAUUUCGAUAUAAUGCUGCGAUAUACAAUGAUUUCUCUUGCCCGUCAUUCAUUUCUCAGAUAUUUCGUUGGGGGGCUGACAUGUAUGCACUGAUCAACAAUGACCCAGCAACAUUUCUUCCCAAUCUCUCAGCUUAUAGAAGCUGUCCAUCGCUACUGAAGAAUUUACUUCCUUAUUAUACUUCUAUGUAUUUAUCUAGGGUUUUAUACUACGCCUUGCUUCCUAUAGAUGAAACGUCUGAGUAUUUAAUGCAGAACGGUUCAGAAGAUAUGCUCAAUUAUUAUCUAGAAAGGUUCAGACAAUGUCGAGAACAAUGUAUAGCUGUGGUUUUGAAAGAUCUGGUCUUUAGGGGUGUAUUCAGAUUACCUGUUCCAGAAGAAGAAAUAAAAUUGAUGGAUGAAUUAAUUGCUAGCGAUGAAAAAUUCAGGAAGAUUGUAGAUGACUACAAAAGAAAAUUCAUUGAAAAAGAAUUACAGGAUCGUUUUAUCAAAUUCGGCGAUAAUAAAAUGACAAUGUAUAACUUUUUUAUGGAAGUUUAUGACAAUAAAAAAGUAAAAAUUUUGGCUCGAGAAGAGAAUUUACUGAUAGACCUAUUCGAAUCUUUCGUUGCUUUUGAUGACUAUAGUUUCCGUCAGACCUAUUAUGGUCCAAUUGAAAUCAGGAUAAAACAUGCUAAGGAAAGAUUAAGACUUCUCGAAAAUUUGAAGAAAAUUUCAUCACUUAGAGAAGCUAUACCGUUACCCUUUGAAGUGGUAUUAGAUAUUGUUGAGUAUCUUAACAACAAACACUUGAAAGUAUUUAUAAAAGCAUUUUAUAGUUCGUAAUUAUUUAUCGAAACUAGUUUAAGUUUUGAAAAGUAAGUUUAUUUUUCAAUUAUUAAUAGUUGACAUAAAUAAUUUUGAGUGUUUGCUAAUUUUUCAUAAAUAUCAAAUAUGGUAAAAAAAAAUAUUGUAAAAAACUUGCAUAGUUAAUUGACCACAACUGUGACAAUCGAAGGAAGAAGAAAUAUACUUGUAUUGAAAAA